UCGAUCGUGCGCGACGACGGCAUCAUCGCGGCGAUGGUGGCGAGCGAAGUUGGUCGAAUUUCCUAUAUAUAUUAUUGAUAAAUAUCUCGCGUCGUUGCCGAGUGCGUGUCUCCGUGCGAAGCGGAGCCCCGACCGAGAGGAACGGUUCGACGGAAACGUCGUGUUCGCGCGCGCGCGCGCGCGUAUGUGUGUGUGUGUGUGUGUGUAUGUGCGCUGGUCGAUUCGCGCGUGGUUCGACGACGGCGGUUAUCUCGCGAGGCGUUUCGGUGCGCCGUGCGUGUUCCCCGAGCGGGCGUGUUUUCUCUCUCUCUCGUGCGCGUGGAAACGAAGAAGCGGCGGUGACGACAACGACGACGGCAGCGGCAGCGGCAGCGGCAGCGGUGGCCCGCGCCGCGGACGGUCGACGUGCAGCACGUACGACGUAUCCACCGUUGUGACGACAAUUACGUGAGAAGAGAGAGGGAGAGAGAUAGAGGAUACCGACGGGGAGAAAGAGAGAGAGAGAGAGGAAGCGAGAGAAAGAGAGCGAGGAGAGAACGCGCGCGCGUCGCCUCGCAAACGGAGAUCGGCGCUGGACGAGAGCAGCCGAGCGCGAACGACGAGGAUUAUCGUGUGCGUUUCUGGGUGUGACGGACGUGGUGGUCGCGGUACGGUAACGGUGCGCGACUUCUACCGGCUAUAUCGUGCACGAGGUGGUGUUGUGUCCGACGAGAUUGGCCCCCGUAGGGCCGAGGCCCAGGCAGCGUUCCCUCGCUAAAGCCUGCGGCGCUAUCCCACGAGAGCAUGCCGAGCCCGGCCACGAAGAGAUGCACUCGCAGAUGAAGAGCGGUAUGCGGAACGUGGUGCGCCGUCAGAUAUCUUCUGUUUCGACUCGUACGGAAAUAUUUUAAUAGCGCCACGUCGUCAACUAGUAGCGAGCGGUGAGAGGGAAAGAGAGAGACCGCCGCGAAUUAUUGCGCGGGCGCCAAAGUCCGCAUCUGGGAAGUUGGUCGCCCUAAAACAGAAUAGCGUCAUUUCAACGAUUGCAAGCUAAUCGUUAUCGUCAUCGCCGUCAUCGUCGUCAUUAUCACCGUUACUGUAGCCAGACGCUUUUCGUUUACGUUGCGAGAGGGCACGUUGGGUGCGACAGAAGUCGAGAAGUCGUCAAGUAUGCUAGGCUUCUUCAAACUUGGAAACGAGGGAAGCAGUAUCGCCUUGUGAUAAACAAUGGAAAAGCAUGAUCGAUAACAUGGGAGAUACCGUGGAAACGACGUAAUUACGUGGCCGUGGAUGAUGGGAGGCCAGUAAUAAACUGUUUAUUAGAAUAUAAAGCGGAAACAGUUAAGACAAAGAGUCACACAAGUCGUCGCGGGAACAGCGAAGAGGGCGGCGGAGGAGCGCAAGGGUAAGGGAGGCGCAGGGCAGAGCCGUAGUAAUGGAUGAAUGGGAGUGAGCGCGGCGCACGGGGAGUGCAGGAGCGGCGGACGCGCACUUUGUGGCACGUCGUGGGAGCCUCUGGAUGUGGAGGCCGCGGCACUGGCAGCGUCAGUGGCAGUGAUGGCCCCUGCUCUGACGGAAGGUGGUCCUCAAAAGCCUGAAAACUUGCUCCCUACCCUACCAGCCGCCAGCGGCUUUCUAUCCGCCGAGCAGGCCACGCAGGUGUGCCAAGACCGUGAGAUCCUGACCAAGUUCGUGGUGCCGGCGAACGUGCAACCGUCGAAGAUCGACGAGCAGUGCUUGCGCGGUAUCUCAAAGGACCUCAUACGCGAUGUCAUUAACUCCAAGUAUGCAAACGACCUCGACUCGCUAUCCGCCUUUACGAACACGUCCGACUUGAUCGGAUCGAGGAACGGUGCGGCGUGUUUGCAACAGCAGCAGCAGGCGGCGGCGCCGGCGGAGGAGGAGGAAGAGGAGGAGGAGGAGGAGGAGGACUUUGAGCGGCCGGUCACGCUGCCGGACGCCGGUCACGCCGAAAGGAAGGUGAUCGACAUUAUAAUGAACGACCCAUCUAUGGGUGAUCAAACGAACAACAUGGGUUUCUUGAAAUCGAGCGUGGACUUGCCCCUGGUGGCUAAUGAGACCGAAUCAGAAGACAAUAAGAAUCUGGAUGUCGAUCAGAUCAUGGCCUUCGGCACCGAUAUCACGGCCGAGCAGUGCAACAUCGCGAAUGUCGCUGAUAUCGGACACAACGUGGAAGAGAUUUUACAGGUCAUUAAUUCGAUAGAGGGUGCAGAGAGCACCGAGAAUAUUUCCACGAGCGGCGGUGAGCCGGUGCAAGGCGCUGUCGACAGCGUGGAGAUGUUCGCUAUACCCGAGGAGGGAUUCGCAUCCUUCGAACGGGAUUUACUUAAUGACGUGGACGUAAUAAGUCUUUGUAACGAUAAUAUGACUAUCCCAGUGGACUCGGUGGAACAGCAAAAGUCGAACAGUUUGAGAUCGCAACAGGAUAUUGUGGCUCAGAAACAAUUCGAGACCGAAAGGAGAUGCGCGUUUUUAUUAAGAAGACUGAGGAAACUUCAGACGAGAAUAAUUGGCAGGCACGUGGCGGAAGAGAAUACCGGCGUUCUCGAAUUGGCCCAUCACGGAGUUAAAAAAUAUCUUCUACAAGAAUUGGUUAAUAUCGGUUCGAAAUCCAAUGUGAGAAACUUUCCCGAAAUUAGCGGUAGUUUGCAUUCGUUUUUGCAGAAAAUUGAGAAAAUGUGUGUUGCCCAGAGUAACAGUGUGAAUCGUCAAAGAGUGUGUCGGUACUUUGGUGGAGGCUCGCGCGAUAACGUUGGUGGUACGUCCGGCAGUAACGGUAAUCGUCAGCCAGUGUUUGGUACCCCUCAGGUUAAACUCAAUGGUGAAGAAGUGGAAAAUGUGGCUGGAUCUUUGUCCACGCAAUUACAUAUUGUGGAAUCUAACUUGGAUUCGGAUUGUACAGCAUCCAGCAGUGGUGGAGAGAGCUGCGAUGAAAUGCAAACGUUUAACAAUGCGCAGCAACAAUGUCUGUCUAUAUCCAAAAGAGCAGCAUGGAGAUAUGCACAGGAUCGUGCUGGUGUAGCAUCACGGUGGACCUGGCUACAGGCACAGAUAUCAGAUUUAGAGUACAGAAUUAGACAGCAUAAUGAUAUGCAACGGCAGGUCAGGGCCUCGAAGGGCCUGAUCGUUCUCGAUAAUGCGGAGACCGUUAAUGGAUACAGUGGCGCUCUACCAGGGUCCACUGGACGAUACAAUUCGCCCGAGAGUGAAUUACCAGCUAGUAGGACGCGUCCAUUUAUAUGGAAUUUUUAUAGAAAGCGAAAGUUAGUGCACGUGGACAGGCUACAUGAAAGUUCAAAGCGUGCAGCUAAAGCGUCAACUGUGAGAUGCAAUUGUGAUCAUGUGCUGCCUGCGUGUGCUUUAUGUACAGGAAGGCUAGAUCCAAUGCAGCCACAAGAAUCAAUUGAACAGCUUUCUGUACAGGAACGUGUAGCACUUGUUGAUCCCAGUUUUCAUCCGGUGUUGUCAUUCUCUGAUGAAAUUGUACAUGGAACACAUUUAGAAGCUAUUAUGAAAUCAGUGGAGUGGCAGCAGAAAAUGUUUAGAGGCAAUUUGCGAGUCACCCGGGUGAAAGAUAAAGAUAGCAACGAAAGAAGAAAUAAAAAACUUCCUAGUAGAACGAAAUAUACCGCGCGAUUAAAGAAAUCAUCCUCGACUAUUCUUACAGCAAGGAUCAAGAGAAAGAUGUUAAAAAAUGGAAAGAGAAAUAGAAAUCUCAGCCAUGAGAGAAGCGUGCCUGGAUUGAGCAAGAAAAAAGUAUCAAAGUUGCCGACUGAGGAUGACGACGACGUUAGCGCGCUUUCAAGUUCCAGCAAACAUUCAUCCCCAGUGCCUUCUCCAUUGCAACACGUUACUGCCUCGACGGAGAAAAACAUUGUUAAAGAAAAAAGUUCCAAUUCGCAUGGGCGUUUGCGACAAAAUUCAUACGACAUCGACAAUAUAGUCAUUCCUUACAGUGUCGCUGCUUCAACUAGACCUGAAAAAUUACAAUACAAGGAAAUAUUGACACCAAAAUGGAGAUUGUGCGAGGAAUCCAUGAAAAUGGAUGUGAAAAACGGUGUAAUGCACAGGUCUGAUCAGGACAGUGACUUUGAAGAUAUGUCGGACGAGACGAUCGCUCUGAGGCACGAACGUAGCGAACGUGAAGAAUACAAACGUUUUAUGACGUAUCUCAACACGCCAAAUCAACCUCGUAUUCGUAAUCGUCGUAUCGACAGCAGAGCAGACAGUGGUGCGAACACGCCAGAUCCUAUGUCGCCGCACGCGAGCAGUGACUUUGGUGGAGACGUGACGUCUCCAAUCACGUCUCCACCUGCCACUCCGUCUCAGGUGCAGGACACAGAGCCAUCGGGUUUAGAUUCGCACCGACCGUCUGCUUUACAAAACUCCCUGCGACGUCGUACUAUGCCCACUCUAAGACUUGGGAAAGAUGAUGCUACGGCUACAUUUACCGAAGAUGAGAACGAAAUAUUGCCGUACGAGCCAAGAGUAUUCCCAUUAUCCGAAGAGGUUUACGACAAGAUGUUGGAAGUGAUGCCAGACGGACACUGGCAAGCUUCGUCAACGUCUUUAUGCUCCCGUGACGAAGACAAGGGCGAUGAUGAAGGCGAAAUGGAUUCUCCCGAAUCGGAUUCAACCGAAUCAGCUUGUUGCGAUAUAGACGGUGAGGAUCCCAAUGAUCCUGAGUGGACGGUAGCUGAUGAUAGAGACACUGAAAAGGAGAGAAUACGUCCGACGGCUAAAAGAUAGGAUAUAAAACUCUUAAUAAGUACCGUAUGUCUACAUCGUUACUAUAUGCAGAAGCUACCUGUCAAUUGUUAUAUAUACCUGUCGGUCAUGUAACAUUGCACCUUAAGUUAAUUACAAACCUGUAAAGUGUAUUAUAAAUAUAAAUUUUAUAACUUCA